GUAAAAACUGCGACAAAAAUAGUUAGCACGUUGGCUUGGGAACGAACUAACACUUUUGUUUACCUAGCUUGCUAGAGUUGCUUGCAAGUCGUGAUUUGUUGGCUAAAACGAUGAUAGAUCCUGCUUUAGUUUCUUUGGGUGCUCAGAUUGUCUUGGCUGCGUCCAGUGAUGAGAAUCAUCCUCCAGAAAACAUUAUUGACGGGAACACUGCAACAUUUUGGAUGUCCACUGGAAUGUUUCCACAGGAGUUCAUAAUCCGCUUCGCUGAAUCUAUGAAAAUUGCCCUUGUGACAAUGCACUGUUAUAAUGUUAAGACUCUUAAAAUUGAGAAGAGCAUCUCAGAUGAUGCUACUGACUUUGAAGCUAUUUCCGAAAAGGAAUUUGAACACACAGAGGGGCAUCUUCAAACAAAUGAUAUUCCACUAAAUGGAACGACUGCAACACACUUGCGCUUCAUCGUUACCUCUGGAUAUGACCAUUUUGUCUCGGUACACAGGGUCAGUGUAGAGUGAUGAAAGAUAUAGUACCUUCUCAUAAUGUUCAGCUCUACUUAUUAAGGAGUUUGUCUGAAUAUCUAAUAUGUUUUACAUUGCAUCAUUUGUUGUUGUUGUUGUUUAUACCUUUUUUUUGUAAUGAAACAGGAUUUAAUUUGACAUCACCUGAGGCACAAUUCAUAGUUUGUUUCAGUCGACCUGCUCACCAAAUCCAAAUUGCAAUACAAUCUUUUCAAUAAAUCUGACUACUGCUGUAAUCUGCUAA